AUGAAAGAUUUUGAACGCUCUGCCAAACGGCCCUCAAUCUCUUGUCUUCUUCUCACCGCAUACAGGGGAAGCCCUUUCAACCUCUCGUCUAUUCUCUUCUCACCGCAUACAGGGGAAGCCCUUUCAACCUCUCGUCUAUUCUCUCACCGCAUACAGGGGAAGCCCUUUCAACCUCUCGUCUAUUCUCUUCUCACCGCAUACAGGGGAAUGGCGUUCCUUCUCAAGUGCUUCGGAGGCUGUGGUUCAACUUCUAUGCAACAACCUUCCGCAACUAUAGAAGAUCUAUGCCAUCGUUUUUCUCUUGCCCAACUUCGAAAAUCCACCAACCACUUUGACCAAAGCCUGAUUAUCGAAGAAGUCGGCUUUUAUCUGGCGUACAAGGUUUGCAUCUCCAUCAAUGGCGAACCGAAAGAUGUUAUAGUGGAGCGGCUCGAACGAAAGUUUGUGUACUCAGACCUGCAAUUGGUUAAGAACAAUAUCAUAUAUAGGUGCCAGCUACACCACCCGAAUGUGGUGUCUCUGGUUGGAUUUUGCGAUGAUGAAAAUGAAAUGAUCGUGGUCUAUGACUACGUCCCAAACGGAUCACUCUAUAAUCAACUGAAGAGCAAGUCAGCAACAAUCUCGUGGAAGAAAAGGCUAGAAAUCAGUAUAGGGGUGGCGCGUGGAUUACACUACCUUCACUCCGGAACCAAACGCACCCUCAUUCAUCGCAAUCCAACACCGAGUGCCAUUCUUUUGGACGAGAAUUGGGUUCCCAAACUCAGUUUUUUCUGGUUCUCUUUAAAAGGACCAAAGUUUUCAGAAAAGGAUGUGAGGCCUAUAGAGGCAGACGUUGCAGGUAGUAUUGGAUACAUCGCUCCUGAGUCCUACAGGGGCACUAACGUCACGCACAAAAGUGACGUUUUUUCUUUUGGGGCAGUUUUGUUUGAACUAAUUUGCGGAAAGCCUCCAUUCCCAGUUAGGCGUCAGAUUGAUUUUCGCGAUGUUAAGGAAUUGCAUAAUUUGGCAGAAACAGGACAUGCUGAGGAAAUUUUUGAUCAACAUUUGAUGGGAGAAAUAGCAGCAGAGUGUUGGAAAUUGUAUAUGGACAUCACAGAGAGUUGCUUGAGUGAAGAUCCCGAUGAGAGGCCUGAUAUGGGAGAAGUUGAAGUGCUACUUGAACGUGCAUUGCAACUACAAGAAGAAGCAGAUAACAACCUUGCUUUUCAUGCUUCUUGAUUUAAUUUAUGUUCUUGUUUGAAUCUUUCAUUCUUAUUCUUCCCCUAGAAAAUACUUGUUUGUGUCUCUUAAUUGACAGGUUCUUCAGAUAUAACCUCUCAUAAUCCUUUUUUACACUA